UUAUUACAGUAUUUAUUUUUUUAUUUGUAUCAGAGCUAAUGUGCGGAUAUGAGAUUGCGUGGCGCGCCUGUAGAGGGCGCAGUGUGAGUGGAGCUGCGCAUGCGCAGUGUUCUUUGUGUACUUUCACAUUGGCUCUGCUCUUCGUGGGACCUUCUGCGUUUUAAUCCGAAGCGAUGAGUUUUUAUUUACUGGACAUUUCAGUAACGUGAGCGGAGUUUUACACGCAGACAGACUGAUCUUCUUCACCCCGGAUCAGGAUGAGAGCAGCAGAUUACCGACGCUUUGCUCAGUGCACAGAACGUCUCAAUGCAUUAAUGUAUGACGUUUAUAAAUUAUAAUGUUGCGAGCGACUCUUCGACUGUAAGCGUCAAGAAAUAUUGUUUAUGAGGAACCAUAAAUGCUCAAAGUGUGCAAAAACAUUUGACGUCUGUGAAUAAGAUCAGCAUGACCCUGGUGUUGACCCCUGCGGCCGUGUGCCAGUGCUUCACCCUCGUGUCACUCUGCACGUCUAUCGCUGAUCCCAACUGGAUCCAGGUCCAGAACUGCUCCGAUUCGAGCAGCGGUCUCAUCUACGGUGUGGCCUUCACUCUACACGCAUAUCAGAAUCAGACAGACACAGGUCCGCUGGGUGGGCUGCAGGGAUGGGGGAUGUGGCUGCUGUACUCUCUAGCUGCUCUCUGCUACAGCGCCGUCCUGGUUUCCAGUUCCUCGUUCCUGCUGGAUUUCCUCGGAGCAGCUGUCAAUCACUCAAAGCUGGUCACGUUACUGCACGUCUCGACAGCGUUCUUCUGCGUGGCCGUUGUGGGUGUGUGUGCGGCCUGCAUGAGUGUGAUUGAACACAACCUGCAGCGAGCGAAGACUGAAAGCCGCCCGGCGCUCUGCAUGUCUGCAGGAGAAAGCUUUUACAUCGAGCUUGUGGGCCUGCUCUUCUCCUUCAUAGCGUGCACUUUGGCCCUCAAGGGUCGUUCUGAACCCAUCAGGCCGUGUGACUUCCUGAGCGUGGAUGGAGCGCACAGUGACACGGAGCCUUUGAUUGGUGGAGCUGAGACAGAGGAGUAAACAGACAGAGUUACACACUUUAUUAUUAUAGCAGAACAACGAGAGCAAUGCUGAACAAGAGCUGCUGUGUGAUCAGGUGACCUCAGGAGAGUGCACAGAAUUUAAGCAUCGCCUCCAUUAGGUUCAUGAGUGUGAAUUUGAAUUGAAGUGAUCACAGCAUACAGGAUCUCAGAACGUUCUGACAUGGUUCUCUGAACAGUAUCAUUAAUAGAACGUUAGUUCAUUAACUAGUCUGUUAUAAUGUUCCUUAAAACAUUAGCACAAAAAGAUUUUUAUGCAUCAUGUUUGCCUUGGAUAUUCAGCCAGCGUUUUUUUUAAAUGUUGCCACUUGUUACAAAACAUUCCGAGAGAAUUCAAAUGUAACAGAGAAUUAUUCAAAUGGGAUGUUCCAAAACGAUUUCAAAAGUUUGAAAACUGGGCAUUUGAAAUGUUUGGAAUAACGUUUUCGUAACUUAAUUGGAACGUUCUUAGAACAUAAUUUUGUAAGCUGCGAUGUAGAAUUGACGGGAUUUGUUUUUCUAAUUAAAUUACAAUUCAAAGAAAUUCAACAAUCACACAAAAGUGAAAAUAUGUUUUUCGAUAACAUUAAUUAUGCAAGUAAUUUUGACUAGUUUAUUUGCUGAUAUGUAAAGCAUAAUUUUUCUCUAAUAUCUGGCUCUAUUUUUAGCCUCAGGGGUAAACUGGAGCAUUCUGGGAAAUGAAGUCUUCUACUGUAAUGAUUCAUAAAAUCACAUUUAAUUAGGUUAGAUUCACAUUAAUAAUUAAUGACAUUAAGACAUUUUUAAGUGUGACUAAAGUGAAAAAAAAAACUUUUUUUUUUUACAGCUGCUGUGUAUGAAUUAAAACAGAUUUCUUCAUUCUAAAAAUAUUAUAAGCAUCAUCUAAUGUUUCUUCAAAUUUUGUGUGAUGAGAACAUUUGUUUUUAAAAAUGUAAUGAAUUUCAUUCCAUUUUAUUUCUACUUAAUUGGCAAUUCUGAAUCCUGUUUGCUAAUUCAAUUCAAAUUCAGUUCAUGUUCUAUAUUCACCUCUGAUGCUGUCUCUAUCUGUGCGUUUCAUUCUACUGCAGAGAAUCAUGGGAAAUGUAGUCUUUCUGUAAAUUCAUUAAUUCCAGCAGCGUGAGAUCCUUCAGUUACCUGCGGUGAAACUCAUACAUGAGCAUAUUGAUAUUGUGAAGGUUUUCUCUGUUUUCGGACCAAACACGGUAACCACUGAGAGCACACUUGGUUCGUUUCAGGGUUUUGAGAGCUCUUAUGCUCAAUUAAAAAAACAAGUGCUGCAUUCGAACCGUCCAAACAUAUUAUAAUGCAUAAUCUUUAUUAUUAAAUUUAUACGUAAAUGAGAAGAAUUCAUAUAAUACUUAAUACUUUCUUACCCAGGUAUUAAACAACUACAUUGUGAACAGAAAGUGAACUGAGACCUGGUCAACAUUCAGAUCGACUAAACUGUGUCCACACACAAUGUGAAUUCAAACAAAACUGAAUUCUUUUUGACUCAAGUGUGAACACUAACAUAUUCAGGACUCUUGUUAUUUCCGUGGUGUGAUUUCUGUAGAGAAUCAAGUAAACAAAUCAAACCGCAAUUCUGAACGCGUUUCUUUGUAACGUGACAGAUCUGAAAAAAAAAAGCUGAUAAAAAAUAAUUAAAACUACAUAGACAUAAACAUAACAACAUAAAAUAAACAAAUUUAAUUCAAAAUAUUAACAAAAACUAGUAUAAUGAAACUAAAAUAACACUAUUCUGAUUUUCACACUUAAUGUCUUCAGAAAUCUUAAUAUAACACAAAACAUAUGUACAGUCCUUUUGAAAGUUGAGCAGCAUGAGUAAAUCUCGUUCAUGUGCGUCUUUAAUGAAUCUCUGCAUGUUUGACUCUAAUAUUUGAUUUGAAUAUAAUAACAGAGACAUGUCAAACACUGUGAGGAGUUUAGGAUACUAGGACCAAGUCUGAAGGGGAUAAAUACAGUCUGUGUUUACGUUUAUAUAUUUGUGUGAAGCCAUUUUUAAUUGAUUGUAAUAUAAAAACGAGUUUCAGUUCUAAAGCUGAUGUAUCAUAACACUCUUCAGUGAUCCUGAGUGAUACAGACGCACACAGAUCUUCCUGAUGAAAAUGCAUCUCACCCGAUGAACUCUGGAGGACAGUGGAAUCAUGCUGUGCCUUAAUUUCUCAGCUCUCUCUCUCUAAUUAGACUCCGUCCAGCAGCUCGUUCUCCAUCAGCCUCCGUCACAUGACACCAGCUUGUGCUCCAGUUGGAUGGAGACCAUCGCCAUAGUAACCUUGAGAAGUUGUUGAUGUCACCGACCAAUUUGAGAAUGGAGAGAGAGAAAACAGAGCGAGAUGUGAGAUGAUAAACAUGUGAUGGUUUUAGUAUAACAUGAUGCUUUUCGAUUGUCUUCAGUCUAUUAUUUGUGAGUGAAGUGUGAAAAUGUGUGCAUGCUUAUCCAUGAUCAACGUGUGCUGUACAGUAAGAGUGUUCACUGAUGUGAAAUUGAAGGCAACUCAUGAGACUUUAAUACUGAUAUUUGCACUGUGUUAUGACGAAACGUGUUCUGCUACUGAACAAGCAUUGUUUGUUUUUAAAGCUGUGCAUGCAUAUAUCAUGAACAUUCAUUCUGAUCAUCUACAUUCAUCUGUUUAUGCCUGUUGAAUUGAAGUUUACUGUUGCAAAAUAUUUAUUUGAACAUUUAAAUGAAGAUAUGCUUUGAAUAAUACAA